GCGCCGAACUCAGUUACAUCUUGUCCGUCGAGCAGUAAGCAAGUGAUCUCUUGCUCCGUCCCAAAAGGGUUGUCGUGUACCGUUGCCGUAAAGGAAGAAGAAAAUAAAAACAUAUAAACACAACCAACUAAACCGGCUGCCUUCUCGCGCAGGCGUAAGCUUACUCUCGUUCUCUCCGCUCGUUAUCUCACUCACCGGUGGUGUACGCAUUGAAAAGCAAAAAUAGUGACAACAAAAGGGGGGUUGUGAGAACCGGGCGGUAAAGCAUCAGCAACCCGUCGACCGUGGGGGUAUUCGUGUGGCCGUGUAUAGGUGUGUGGGGGUUGUUCGUUCGCUCAUAAGCACUGCUGUGCAUCUCGCUGUUGUUCAGUCCAUUCGUGCAACCCGGUGCCAGUGAGUCGUCGAUCUAGUGACCCUGUGCUGUGUGUGCGCCCUGCGAGAUCCCAUCGGUACCGUGCAAACGCGUGAUUACCUCAUCGAGCAAAGUGUGUCAACGCAUGUCGUACGCAUGCAGAUGGUUUUAAAAGUGAUCCCAUCGCGUUAACUGGCCACGAUCAGUGCAAACCGGUGCUACCACACUAUCAACGAAGUGAUAAAUUAAUGUACAGAGUGAAAAUUAUUUAAAAAAAAAGUGUUUAUAAAGCUUUUCCCAUAAAAUACCGUGCUUAGUGAAGAAGAAAACCUUUCGAAAGUAAAUAUUUGUGAGCAAUAUUUGUUACAGUGCGUGUGGCAAAAGCAAAAAUAAACCAGAAAAAUGGGAUUGAAUAAUCGUGAUAAGCAGGCUAAGCUGAAAACUCAGAGUCUACUAGAUUCGGAGCGUGGCGGACAGCAGACGGUGACAACGGUAACCGUGGAUCAUGGUACGGUGGCUUUGCCACUAGAAUCGAUGGCCGUCAGUUCAUCGACAACGAGCAACAGCAGUUCCUCGUUCCAGCAGUCGUCCUCUUCGUCCUCGACGAAGAUGCAGUCCAGUGCGGAAAAAAUUCAAAAAACCACCGACGGUCGUGCCAGUGAAGUGCGUGAACUAAGUUCCAAAAAAGAUGGGCAAAAGUUCAGCUCCGUCAGCAGUAUGCGCAGUGAGGCCAGCAAGUCUAAACAGAUCGAUAACAUCAUCGAAGAGAUACAUCAUAUCGCGAGUGAUACGAUCGGUACAACUGCGAUGAUUGGUGCAGCGGCCGGAUUGGAGCUACCGUCCAAGGUAACACAGAAAACCGUGCUGGUCAGUGCUGGUGAAAGUGGCCGGAAGCAAUCGUUCGUUAGUGACAGUGUGGUUGGGGGUCAUACUACCGUUUCGAGUGUAUCCGGUGACGCUCGUCACGAAGUGAUAUCGACCAUCGGUCCCAGCAAGAUCGAGAUCUCGAAAAUGGCUCUUGAUAGUAGUGCGCUAAGCAGUGUUUCCAGCAGCACCAACAGCAAAGUCAUGCAAAGUAGCAGUGCCAUACAGAAGAAAGAAGAACAAACAUCACACAGCGCGGUGCGUAGUGAAAAGAAUGUGUCCGAAUCCAGUGCAAUCUCCAGUUCCCAAAAGACUGAGUCGAAAUCGACCAAAAGCAUUCACACGUCAUCACAAAGCUCUAGCAAAUCUAUGUCUACGGCACAAAGCAAGACGGCUCAAUCCGUGUCGGAAACAUUCCAAUCGUCUGCACUUGGUGAAAAUGUGCAAUCUACAAAGUCUACCGCUUCCGGGCGGCAGAACGGUGUGCUACCCGUCGAUGGAAAGCAUUCGUCGACAGUACAACACUUGCCCGAUCAUUCCACGUUUGAUCAGAAAUCAUUCCAGCUCGUGGAUGCAGAUGGCAAGACCCGCCAACAAGUUGACAGCCAAAGUUUCUCGAUGGCACAGACACAAGCACCAACGACUAAGGUCUUGUAUGAUGCGGCCGGUAAUCAGAUCACAAGCACUUCCGCGUCGUAUCAGGCUGCCCAGGGCUACAGUACCUCGUCGUUCCAGAGUUCCGAAGGUGGCGACUUGAAACCUUCAACGGACAGAACUGGUAAGCUUGUGGACAAGGAUGGAAAACCUCGUCAGCUUGUUGACAGUCAACGUCAGAUGACGUAUGAUGCUGCAGGCAAUCUGAUCACGAGUUCCUCAUCAUCGUAUCAAGCCGCACAAGGUUAUAGUUCCUCAUCUUUCCACACAACCGAAGGUGUUGAGCAAAAGUCAUCGAACGACAUCAUGACGAGUUCAUCCACAAAACGGGCACAAAAUGUAGCCUCCUCCAAGGCUACGAUGUCCUCUACGACUAAGGAUUCGAUAAUCGAUUCAACCACACUGGACAACUAUUCGGUUCAGCAUGAUUCCUCCAGCGGGCAGCAUUCCAACAAUAUGCUGAUGAAAACAGAAUCAGCCCAUACCGUAGCAAGUCUUUCAUCGGCUCACGAUUCGCUUGCCAAUACCAUCCAGAGCACACAGCUCAUCACGGAAUCGGCUAGCCAGGCUGAACAACGGCAGCAACAUUCCGAAUCGACUAAAACGAUCGAAACGUCCUCACGUUAUACGCAAAUGGACGAAGAAAGCCGUUCCCGCCGGAAGACGUCGGAAUAUCGUGAACAGCGCGAAUCUAACGCCGCUAUUCUGAAACGCAAGAUCUACGACGAGCAUGGCCGUCGACUAAACUUGAUCGAUGAGAAAAUUGUACCAAAAGACGUCGUGACGGCUGAUCUGCAAGACGAUGUAACGAACGUUACCAAAACUUCCUUUGAGGCGAAAAUCUUCAACCCGAAGCUCAAGCGAUGGGAGCUGGUCGAUCAAAAGACGAUUCUUGAAAAAGACAUAACUACCGACAUACCGGUGGAGAUCGUACAGGAACUCGAGGUGGAGCGACCCGAGCUGGCUAACAUCACCACGACAAUCCAAAUGACGAAGGUGUACGAUGCGAAAACCAAGCAGUGGAAAACGAUCGACCAGAAGAAGCAUAUCGAUGUGCUGGAAAAGAUUACCUUCCUCGAGGAAAGUUCCGGACGCUCGGAACUGGAUGAAUCGGAGCGAAGCAAAAACCUUAAAUCCAUGGAUAUGGUGGAUCGAGUGACAAUCAAGGAAGUAAGCGAUUUGAGCGAUGAAAAACGAAGCCAGAUCAGCAAAACCACUAAGCGCAAGGACGAACAAAGCGUACAGGAGCAGUGCAUCUGUGAAAUUUGUACUUGUGGACGACAUAAUUGUUACAACUGUGGUGGAGGAAAUACAACGACACAAACCAAAUCUUCCAAGUAUACUGCCAUGAGCAAUUCGAAAAAUUUUUAUCAUCAAGAAAAUUUCACAUCAGAGCUCAGCGAGCAAAAAUCUUCCGGACGCAGAGGAACAUGGACUAUAGAAGAUGCCGAAGAUCAUUCAAAUCGUCGAGAAUCAUAUACUAUUGAACGAAGCAGUACCACGCAAGAGGUAUCUGACCGAAGACUUACAUGGACAAAGGAAGAUUUCGAAAAACUUGAUAUUGCAAAGCUAAAAGCAGAUUAUGUGCGACCAAAGCCUAUUAAGCAUGAAGAUAAUCUUCGUCCAGAAGGAGACUUCACAGUACCCGAGCGAACAGGAUAUAUUCCAGGGGAACGAGUCAAGCCCAUUCGACAUGAUGAUAAUCUACGCCCAGAGGGAGAAUUCUCUACUCCGGACAAGCCCCAGUACAGACCGGCCGAGCGUCCGAAGCAAGUGCGGCCUACGGACAAUCUUAGACCUGAAGGAGACUUCCAAAAGCCUGAGAAGCCUCAGUAUAUCUCGGCUGAACGUCCGAAACAGAUCAGGCCCGAAGAUAACCUACGUACUGAGGGAGCAUUCCAGUCCCCUGAACGUCCUGAAUAUCGUCCUGGGGAGCGUCCGAAGCCUGUGCGUCAUGAUGAUAACCUUCGUCCAGAAGGAGACUUCGAGCGUCCAGAAAAGACGCCAUUCCGACCGGCUGAGCGUCCGAAGCAGAUCAGACCCGAAGAUAACCUACGUACUGAGGGAGCAUUCCAGUCCCCUGAACGUCCUGAAUAUCGUCCCGGAGAGCGUCCGAAGCCUGUGCGUCAUGAUGAUAACCUUCGUCCAGAAGGAGACUUCGAGCGUCCAGAAAAGACGCCAUUCCGACCAGCCGAGCGUCCAAAGCAGAUCAAGCCCGAGGACAAUCUCAGACCUGAAGGAGACUUCCAAACCCCUGAGAAGCCUCAGUAUAGACCGGCCGAGCGUCCGAAACAGAUCAGGCCCGAGGAUAACCUACGUACUGAGGGAGAGUUCCAGACUCCGGAACGUCCUGAAUAUCGUCCUGGAGAGCGUCCGAAACCUGUGCGUCAUGACGAUAACCUUCGUCCAGAAGGAGACUUCGAGCGUCCAGAAAAGACGCCAUUCCGACCGGCCGAGCGUCCAAAGCAGGUCCGACCGGAAGACAACCUUCGUCCGGAGGGCGAUUUCUCUACUCCAGAGAAGCCCCAGUACAGACCGGCCGAGCGUCCGAAGCAAGUAAGACCCGAAGAUAACCUUCGUCCAGAAGGAGAUUUCGCAACGCCUGAGAAGCCCCAGUACAGACCGGCCGAGCGUCCGAAACAAGUACGACCACAAGAUAAUCUUAAGCCAGAAGGCGAUUUCGAAAGGCCUCAACCUACAAUUGUUGGAAAAGCCGAGAGAGCUCAAAUCGUUCGCCAUGAAGAUAAUCUUUACAUGGAAGGCAACUUUGAACGCACUGAGAAAACGGUAUACAUUUCUGGUGAGCGACCAAGACCUAUUCGUCCCGAUGAUAACCUUCGUCCAGAAGGAGACUUCGAGCGUCCCGAGAAAUCUCCUUUCCGACCGGCCGAGCGUCCGAAGCAGAUCAAGCCCGAGGACAAUCUCAGACCUGAAGGAGACUUCCAAACGCCUGAGAAGCCUCAGUAUAGACCGGCCGAGCGUCCGAAGCAGAUCAAGCCCGAGGAUAACCUACGUACUGAGGGAGAGUUCCAGACUCCGGAACGUCCUGAAUAUCGUCCUGGAGAGCGUCCGAAGCCUGUGCCUCAUGACGAUAACCUUCGUCCAGAAGGAGACUUCGAGCGUCCAGAAAAGACACCAUUCCGACCAGCCGAGCGUCCAAAGCAGGUCCGACCGGAAGACAACCUUCGUCCGGAGGGCGAUUUCUCUACUCCAGAGAAGCCUCAGUACAGACCGGCCGAGCGUCCGAAGCAAGUAAGACCCGACGAUAACCUUCGUCCAGAAGGAGAUUUCGCAACGCCUGAGAAGCCCCAGUACAGACCGGCCGAGCGUCCGAAACAAGUACGACCACAAGAUAAUCUUAAGCCAGAAGGCGAUUUCGAAAGGCCUCAACCUACAAUUGUUGGAAAAGCCGAGAGAGCUCAAAUUGUUCGCCAUGAAGAUAAUCUUUACAUGGAAGGUAACUUUGAACGCACUGAGAAAACGGUAUACAUUUCUGGUGAGCGACCAAGACCUAUUCGUCCCGAUGAUAACCUUCGCCCAGAAGGAGACUUCGAGCGUCCCGAGAAAUCUCCUUUCCGACCGGCCGAGCGCCCGAAGCAGAUCAAGCCCGAGGACAAUCUCAGACCUGAAGGAGACUUCCAAAAGCCUGAGAAGCCUCAGUAUAGACCGGCCGAGCGUCCGAAGCAGAUUAGGCCCGAGGAUAACCUACGUACUGAGGGAGAGUUCCAGACUCCUGAGCGUCCUGAAUAUCGUCCCGGAGAGCGUCCGAAGCCUGUGCGUCAUGACGAUAACCUCCGUCCAGAAGGAGACUUCGAGCGUCCUGAGAAAUCUCCUUUCCGACCGGCCGAGCGUCCGAAGCAGAUCAAGCCCGAGGACAAUCUCAGACCUGAAGGAGACUUCCAAAAGCCUGAGAAGCCUCAGUAUAGACCGGCCGAGCGUCCGAAGCAGAUUAGGCCCGAGGAUAACCUACGUACUGAGGGAGAGUUCCAGACUCCGGAACGUCCUGAAUAUCGUCCUGGAGAGCGUCCGAAGCCUGUGCGUCAUGACGAUAACCUUCGUCCAGAAGGAGACUUCGAGCGUCCUGAAAAAUCUCCUUUCAGACCGGCCGAGCGUCCAAAACAGAUUCGUCCUGAAGAUAAUUUAAGGUCUGAAGGAACCUUUGAAAAACCUGAGAAGGUUGUAUAUCGUCCGGCAGAAAGACCACAGCAAGUGAAGCCACAGGAUAAUUUGAAGCCAGAAGGCGACUUCGAACGACCUAAGCCAAGUCCUGUGGGUAAACCAGAUCGUGCACAGAUUAUUAAGCAUGAAGAUAAUCUACGGAUCGAAGGAAGCUUCGAAAGAGUAGAAAAAACAGUAUUCGUCGCAGGAGAACGUCCAAAACCAAUCAAACCUGAUGACAAUCUACGCCCGGAAGGAGAUUUUCAAACUCCAGAGAAACAACAGUAUCGUCCAGCUGACAGACCGAAACAAAUCAAACCUCAGGACAAUCUUCGGCCAGAAGGAGAUUUUGAACGUCCACAAAAAUCCACAGUCGGGCCCGGUGAACGCCCCAAACCCAUUAAGCAUGACGAUAACCUACGGCCGGAGGGUACAUUUGAAAGACCUGAGAAGGCUACUUUUAAGCCAGCUGAAAGACCGAAACAAAUACGUCCGGAAGAUAACUUGCGCACUGAGGGCGAAUUUGAAAAACCCGAAAAGCCACAGUUCCGCCCAGCCGAGCGUCCGAAACAGGUAAAACCUCAGGAUAAUUUGCAAAUUGAAGGAGAUUACAAUACAUUCAAGGAAUACAACGAACUGAAACAGCGAAAGGAAGCCGUACUGAAAGAGGUUCAUGAGCCAACUAUUGCCGAUGGUACCGUGCUAGUGACCACACAAACAGUUACAACUAUCCUGAAAGGAGAAAAGAAGCAACCUACGGGCAAGCAAAUUACAACCAGUGAGGUACAUGACCAUGCUACCCGUUCAGAAUCGGAAUCAUUCACGCACAGCCAUACACAACAGCAGCAUCUUACCAGUGAGCAGGUUUCUAGUUCUACUGCCAUCAACCGAGCGCAGCGCAAUGAAGCUAGCAUCAACGAACGCGAUCGCACCACCUCGCAACGAUCCACGACGAAACAUUCGCAAUCGAUUCAAGACGUUUCGGACCGAAAUGUUGCCGAAUUGAUAACCAAUCAAAACCAGCGCCACGUGGUGAAUGCCCAAACCAUGGUCAGCGGAAUGACACAGCAGCAAAGUCACAGUCAGAGUGUUAAAUCGUCAUCGUCCAGUUCGAAACUACACCAGACCAGUUCCUCCAUGCAGCAACAUUCAUCUAACAGUAGCAGUACCCAAGUACACCAGGACUCGCUGCAUCAUUUACACCAGGGAAAUGUACACCACACACAUACAAAUGGUACAACACUUGCAUCAUCCGAUGAUGUUCCAAAAGGACCACAUCAUCAUACGCGGGAACAAGUUACCGGCUCUCAAGUGUCUUCUUCUAGCAGCAAGAUCGUCAUCGAUGGAAAGGUUGUAACAGAUAAGUCUGCAUCAUCAAAGCAGGCAACAGAGAAGCUCGCGAUCGACGGUGUUGUUGUGACGGACAAAAGCUUCGUUGAAAGGCAGAAAGCUGGAUUCGAUGGUAUGGAAAGCAUUUCAAGCGGUCAGACCAAAACAGGGCAUAGUACACAGGGCGCGAGCAGCAUCCUUCACGACACAGCCACCAGUUCCAUUGGAAGUCAUGCGACUUCAAAAUCUCACAGCCAAAUGCGCUCGACGAACAAUAUCAUUCACUCGGAAUCGACCAAUGGGCAUUCGGUGGAACGGCGAAACGGUGCACAGACAGCAAGCGCGGGUCGAACUUCAUCCGGUCAAAUAACGGAAACACAGGUGAAGAAACUGAUCGGUGGAAAAUGGGUAACAAAGACGAUCAAGACGGAAAAUAAGGCGUUGGCUAGCGACCAACAUCAGCACGGUUCCGAACACGGCGCUAGUAAGAUGUCGAUCUCUGAUCAGGCGAGUCGUCAGCAGCAGCAUAGCAAGGUUUCUGGUGCGGAAUUGCAUACGCAAACUGCCUCCAGCUCUAGUUCAGUGGUGAGCAAAUCUGAAUCGAGUAGUACUGUGAUUAGCGAUAAGGUUACACAGCGUGGCGUUCGUACGGGUGAAACGACAACCGUAUCCGCUGGAUCACCGUCCGGACGCACAGGCGCUCGGGGCAGCUCCAGCAUUGUCCUGGGAGAGUCAACGGUAGAUAGCAGCUCCUCGAAACGACAGCAAGCGACCAGUACCACCAAGUUGAUCGGAGGCAAACUGGUGCACAUGGCCAAUUCGAACGACACCAAUAAUAACUCCUCCACGGGAGCGGUCAAAUCGUCCUCGAUCAACGCAUCGAACGCUCAUCAUUCUACGCUGCAAGAACAUUUGUCCUCCCAGACAGCAUCCUCAACGUCCGCAUCAAACGUGAUGAAGUCUAGCAAAGCAGAAUCAAGCAGCAGCAACACACAACCACAACAGCACUACAAUCGAAAGAACACGUUUGCGUCGUCCGAAAACGUUAACAAUUCGAUCCUUUGCCGACCGGCACAGACUGCCACGGCCACAUCGACACAGCAUACCGCAAACGGGGUCGGUGGCAUGAGCGUAUCCGGUUCAAUCCAGCGCAAGAGUAUCUCCAAUCUGAACGACAGUGCGAUGUACUCGACCACGAAUCGCACCAGCUACAGUUCGCUACACCGCCGAGGCAAGGAAUCGGCCGAGUCAAGGAUGCAGGACUACGUGAAGACGCUCGAAACCGGAACCAUCACGAAUCGUACGGUGCGUGGCCAGCCCUGUCCGCCACCAACCCUGGCUGGUACGGGAUUGAACAGCAGCAGUACUAUGACCUCGAGCUCCGCCACAUCCGCUGCGAAUCAGAAAUCGCUUCGUGAUUACCACUCGGCCAUGAAUGUGACACGCAGCUCGACGAAAGCGAAUGCAUCCAGCAUUUCGUUCGGGGACAACAAAUUCCACGGAACCAGCUCCUACAACGUCCAGUACAUCCAGCAACAUGAAGGACGCUGUCCAGCCGCCGCACACGACAAUUUAAAGCUGUCGAAGGUCACUAAACAGCACACAUACUAUGUGCGAGACAAGAAGUAGAUAUCUGGCUUAAGUUGAUUUUUCAUUUCAUUUAAUUUGCUUUGUUCUUUUGAUUCGCUCUAAUGUUUGGAUGAAAUCCAUUCUGUAGUCUGACAGUCUUAUGGCUUAUACAUUUAUUGAACUUUAUCAACGACUCUUACGACAACGAAACGUUCUGUAUUCUCUUCAAACACUCCAGAGAAAGACUAAUCGUCGAAUAUAAGUGAUGCAAUCUAUAUGUAAUGCAUUAUUAUUCUCAACAUGUUAUGAUAGUUUAUGCUUUUUUAAUAAAACCAAAAAAAUAACAUAACUAUGAACAA